AGAUAGGGUACCUGUUGAGUUCUUUGCUCUCUGCCUCAGUUCCUGAAGUCUGGGUGCUGGAGGCAUGAAUAAGAUCUUCCCCCAGGGGGAUGUCACCCACAAUGCUGCUGCUGGAACCAAAGCCCGCCCUGGAGGGAAAGCAACCUGCGGCCCCUGCUGCUCCCGACGUGGGGCCUGCCUCUCCGCCUUCCUGCUGUUCCUGAUGGCAAUGCUCGCGGCCCUCAUCACCCUGGUCACCAUUGUUGGACUCCCUUCACGCACAUCAGGGGCCCAGGCCUGUGUGACGCUGACUAACAGGACAGGCUUCUUGUGUGGGGACCGGAGGAGCUGCAUCUCCGCCAGCCAGGUGUGUGAUGGCCUUCGCACCUGUCCCCACGGUGAUGACGAGGAUGAGAGCUUGUGCCGAGAUGUGCCCCAGAACCUCCCCAGCUUCCUUGUGGCCCGCUGUGGAGACCUGGCCUCCUGGAUCUACUCAGACCAAAAGUGUGAUGGGAUCAACAACUGCGGGGACUGCUCAGACGAACUGAGCCCAGUGACUGCAUGCCCACCCUGUGACGCUGGGUGGUGGCGCUGCUCUCCAACUUUCUUCAAAUACUGCAGCUGUAUCCCAAGGACUCUCUGCCAGGACCACGUGCAGCACUGCUCUGACUGGUCCGAUGAGUACUCCUGUCCCAGACCCUGAGAGGGCCUUCCAGGCCAGCGGGAGAGGCUGGUUGGAAUGGCACUGGUAACUCUUCACAAGAACGUCAAGUCCUGGACCAAAAGGCAAGAGGAGCCUUCAAAAUCAUCUAGCAGGAUCUACACACUGUAUCUCAAUAGGAAUUGCCUCUUCACUUUUCCAGUUGCUCAGCCACUGCUUGAAUGCCUCCAGUGACAGGGAGCUCACUAUCACGUUGUCAGUUUCUAACAAAGACAAGGAGAAUCUGCCCCUAUGGUUUUAGGCCUGUCUCUGAGACAACUCGGAGGAAAUGUGGUCCUCUGCUCCAUGCCAGGCUUGCUGAUCCCAAUCUUGUCCCCUUUAGAAGAAAUGUUUGAGACUUAAGUGUCAAGCUAGGAGUUUAGCCCCCAAGGGGGGUACAUAAGUAAAGUAUAUGCCACUCCCUGCCUAUUUGGUAUCUAAGGCAGAUGGUGCUGGGUUUGGAGGCCACUUUAGCUAGCUGAGCAGCCCUGGGCUCUUGAGGAAAGGGCUCUAUUUUGGUCCCAGAGCUGGACUGAGCCAUUUCUCUGCAUACUUUUCCAGCUUCACAGCACCCAGGCAGGUAGGGAUAGAUGUCUCCAUUAGACAAAUGAGGAAACUGAGGACCAGAGCAGGAAAUGGCUUGCCCAGGAUCUUAUAGCAAAGUCAAGGUUGAAACUGUUCCACGUACCCAGACAGGUUCCAUGCGCCCUCAACCUCAAGACCUUUCUAAACGCUACCAAUAUGGUCCUACCUUGGCAGGGGCAGUCUCUGUGGGGUAUUGUAAGAGGUAGCUUGAGGGGCAGAAAUGGUCCCACACUUAUUCUGAAAGAGAGUCAUGGAAUCUGCUCAAGGGGAGGGUUCCUGUUAAAGGAGACAGGUGUGUCCCCAUUGGAAUUAAUGAAAUUGGUUCUAGAUAGCAGUCUUGCGUAAGUUUUGAACUGAAAACGAGCAUUGAAGAGGCUGGUGAGCCCCGGGUCACUCGUCCCCUCUUUCAUUCAUGUGUUUGUUCAUGCAUCAGUCUCUGCUUUCUCUGGGCAAACCAGGAACAGAGUGCUGGUCCCCCCAAGAAGAGAACUGGGUCCCAGCACAGGAGGAAUGUGGAAUCUUACAGAGAUCACACCUCACCAUCCCUAGAGGGAUGGGUGGGAUAGCAGGAAAUUCUGGGCCCCAAAGAAGGACCUGUAGGAGCCAGGACAAUCACAUCCCUGACUCUGAGCAACUGGAGUCAGUUCCUGGGACAGGGGACCUCUGGGGUCCUGCCAGCGGGACAGUCAGCCUUCUGCUCUGGCACCAUUGGCUGGGUUUCUUUCCAACUGCAGCCCAAGCAGGGGCUGUGAAGGGUCUCAGGCAUCUAACUGGCCUUAGGGGGCCGGGAGGCUUUUCAGAGGGUGGAGUAGAGGAAAAGGACAUUCCUGAGUUGGUCCAUGCGAACUGAGAUGUGACAGGGUACAGCUCAGCCAGGGAAUGUCCACCCAGCCAGUGGCCAAAGCAUAGGGUGGCAGAGGAGACAGCUGGAGAGGGGAGCAGGGACCGAGCAUGGUAGGCACAGCAUGUCACACUUCAUCCCAAGGCCAGUGAGGUGUCAUGGUGGGGGGUGUGAAGCAGGGAAACGGAACUGCUUUUAGAGCACUUAAGACCUCUCACUGGUAGAGACAGGCGGCUUGUUGAAGGGCAUGUUUCUGGUGGGGACCAGAACAGAUGCAUGGACUCCGAAACCUAGGCGCAUGCCAUGACAGCUCAGUAUUCUGUGCUGUCUCUGGAGGGCUGGGAAAGCUUGCUCAGAGGGGUCCCCUGUCUCAGGAGCUGGUUCCAGUUGCUCAGAGGGGAUGGCUGAGCAGGGCCUUGACCUCGAAGAGGACUGAGCCAGGAGGAAAGCGGGAAAUGGAGGACAGAUGGAUUUGGGACAGGAGUAGGGGCUGGGCAGGGACAGGCAGCCAGGCGCAGGGAGGGCACCAGUAACUAAAGGAGCAUAAAGUGUUCCCUGUGCCCAGACUGCACAAGCUGCAGAGAGGAACCUUGUCUGAGGGGGUGAAGUGGCUGCAACCAAGGCUCAGGAAGGAUGACUGAGCACCAGGUUAGCUCACAGCCCCGCCAAGAGGGCAAAGUGAGAUCCAGAAUACGAAUGCCAUCAGGAAACAGAAGAAGGGUUGCCAAGAGCCGUGCUGGAGGCUCUGGGGAGUAUUAGCUGCAGUGUUUAGUGAGCACUUAGUCCAGGCUUGGCACUGCUGCAAGCCUUGUCUCUGGAAUAUCAUUUCCUCCAAUUCUCAAGAACCUGGUUUAUUACUCACACCCUUCCAGAGGCACAGAGAGAUGAAGCUGCUUGCUUACCAUCACAUAGCCUUCAGGAUAGAGCCAGGAGCUAAACUUAAACAGGCCCCAAUUCUCAGCCCAUCACAGCCCUCCUGAUGUCUCACUCUAAGACAGCCUGGUCUUCCCAGCCAGGAAUGGGGAGCCAGGGAGCCACAGCCUGUAAACAGGAAGUGGCUGAUGUUGGCAGAACCUGUGUUUAUUCCUCUGUUUAUUGGUUUUUCCUUUCAGAAAGGAGCAGGUGCCAUAGCAAUCUCCCAACAGCGCUGCUUAUGCAGGCCCCCAGAGACAGCAACGCAGGGCAGCCUGGCAGGCCCUCCCCAGCCUAAGGAGGCAGAGCAGGCUGGAGCAAGAACCCAGCAGCCCGUGUCAAUAUUUGUCCUCUCUCAUCCUCCCUGGUCCCAGCAACAAGAUCAGGACUUUAAGUACAACAGGUUCUUUGCUGUGCAAACACUCAGGGAUAGAUUAAUGGAAUUUAAAGUGGCUCAGGCUUGGCCCCAGGGUUUGGAUUGGAAAUCUGGUCUGGUUUAACUGUCUGCUGUCACUGUUUGCCCCGGGCUCUCCUUUCAUCCUUAGGCUCACAGAGCCACAGACGUUGGAGCUAGCACGGACCUCAGAGGCCAGCCAGACU